AAAAAAAAUUAAAUAAAAAAUAAAGCCAAAAAAUAGUACAUAUAUUCACGAUGCCUAAAAGGGGGGUGUUCGUCCCUUGUCCCUUUCCCCGUAACAUCCACCUCCCGCCAUAAUGAAGAUCCCCCUUCUCACCCUAGCGGCUGGCCUGGCUGACGCCGCCUCUAUCUCUCUGGUACCGCGCGCCUUUGCGAACGCCCCUGAUGGCUACGCCCCCGAUAACGUUACGUGCCCGUCUACCCGGCCGACUAUUCGAUCCGCCGGCGAACUCUCCGCCAACGAGACCGACUGGCUGAAGAUUCGUCGCGAAGAAACCCUCAAGCCCAUGAAAGACCUGCUGGGUCGUCUAAACCUUACUUCCUUCGACGCCAAAUCGUACAUCGACCGUCAUUCGAAGAACAUCUCCAACAUCCCCAAUAUCGGUAUCGCCGUCUCCGGUGGUGGUUAUCGCGCCCUGACCAACGGUGCUGGCGCCAUUAAAGCUUUCGAUAGCCGAACGAACAAUGCCACAGCAGAGGGUCAGCUAGGAGGACUGCUGCAGUCGGCCACCUACGUUUCUGGUCUCAGUGGUGGCUCGUGGUUGCUGGGAUCGAUCGUCAUCAACAACUUCACCACGGUCACCGCGCUGCAGGAGGACGAGCGCGUUUGGGAUUUCUCUAAGAACAUCCUCGAGGGUCCUAACUCCAAGGGUCUCCAAAUUUUGAGUACCCCGAGCUACUGGAAAGACCUGUUCAAGGCCGUCGACAAGAAGCAGGAUGCCGGCUACAACACCUCGCUGACGGACUACUGGGGUCGUGCUCUCUCCUACCAGUUCAUCAACUCGUCUUCCAAUGACGGCGGCAUCGACUACACUUGGUCCUCUAUCGCCCUGACAGACACCUUCAAGAAGGGUCAGAUGCCCAUGCCUAUUGUCGUCGCCGACGGCCGAAACCCCGGCGAGCUCGUUGUCGGCAGUAACUCGACCGUGUACGAGUUCAACCCCUGGGAAUUCGGCACCUUCGAUCCCUCCAUCUACGGAUUCGCGCCCCUGGAGUUCCUUGGAUCGCGCUUCGAGAACGGCGAGCUGCCCAAGGACGAGAAGUGUGUGCGCGGGUUCGACAACGCCGGCUUCGUUAUGGGAACCUCUUCCUCUCUUUUCAACCAGGGUCUCCUGCGACUCAACAACACUGAUGCUCCCGACUUUGUCAAGGAGACGGUCAUGAAGAUCCUCAAGAAGCUCGACAGGAACGACGAGGAUAUUGCGGUCUACUCGCCUAACCCCUUCUAUCGUUACCGCAACGCUACCCAUGCCUACUCGAAGAGCCGCGACCUCGACGUCGUCGACGGUGGUGAGGAUGGCCAGAACGUUCCCCUGCACCCCUUGAUUCAGCCCAACCGCCAUGUGGAUGUCAUCUUCGCUGUCGACUCGUCCGCCGAUACCAACAGCUGGCCCGACGGCUCGUCGCUGGGCCACACCUACGAGCGUAGCUUGAACAGCACUGGUAUCGGCAAUGGUACCGUCUUUCCCGCCGUGCCCGACAAGAACACCUUCAUCAACCUCGGCUUGAACAAGCGCCCGACCUUCUUCGGUUGCGACUCCAAGAACCUGACCGGUCCUGCGCCCCUCGUCGUCUACCUGCCCAACUCCCCCUACAACUACGCCUCCAACGCCUCCACCUACAAGAUGGAGUACAGCGACGAGGAGCGCGACAACAUCAUCCUGAACGGUUACAACGUCGUCACGCGCGGUAACUCUAGUGUCGACGCCGACUGGCCCUCGUGUGUGGGCUGUGCCAUCCUCUCGCGCUCCGCUGAGCGCACCAACACCAAGUUGCCCGACAUCUGCAACACCUGCUUCAAGAGCUACUGCUGGAACGGCACCGUCGACAGCUCGACUCCUUCCGACUAUAAGCCCGAGUUGCAGAUCGAUUCUUCCGAGUCUGCGGCUACUCGCGGGCAGAUGAACCGUACCGCUGCGGUGAUUGCCCUGGCAAUGCUGUUUUUUAUGACUAUGUAGGGGAUGUGUUUGGAUGAUUGGUUGGUUGGCUGGUCCCUUUAUCUUCUCACUGUACUUCAAGUUACCUUUUCCUUUUUACAUAGACAUGACUUUCUUCUGUACAUACAGUAAAUUAACUUAACCAUGUUCAGUUAUCAUGUUAUAAGCUGGUAUAAGAGUAGAUGGUGUUCCUUGUAAGGGUCCGCCGAGUGUAAAGCCAACUAUACGAUAGUUGUCCCUUUACAUCACAAUAUUAAGGUGGACUAGAGUAUGACUAUUUAUGAAGUCUAGUUCCUUUCGACUGAUCUACAAGGCCUAUCUUGCUCCAUAAUUACUUGUUAAGAAAGGGAUGCGCCGUUGCAGGGUCUGUGGCCAUUGUUCGAUUCUCUGCAAUCAUUAGGAGUUGAUCUCGACUGGCUUUGUUAAGAUACCUACGAAAUAACAAUUUGGAAAGAAGAAAGAAAGAAAGAAAAAACAAACAAACAAACAAAAGAACUCUGCCACGGAUUCUACAUUCUUAAGAAGUGUGCAAUCUAAGAACAAUUGAUUUGGGUGUGUUAACAAAUCUCAGUGCAAGAAAUAUAUUCCGCCCGGUUUCA